AUCUACUCUUGGCCAUCUUUCAUCCUUCCUGAAGAAAUCUUCUGCUGUGCAUCAAAACAAAAUCUUCGCCCCAUAGAAAGAGAGAGAUCUAAACGACUCGAUCUUCAGCGUUUAACUGUCCAUCCUUGAAGAUGUCGUACUCUAGGAGGUCAAGGUAUUCCCAUUCUCCUUCACCCCACAAGCGGUACAGCAGGUCUGUCUCAAGAUCUUUGUCGAGGUCAAGGAGUCGAUCAAGGAGUGCUGAAAUUGACGUUGAAAAUCCUGGGAAUAAUUUGUAUGUGACAGGCUUGUCACCUCGGAUCACGAAGAGAGAGUUAGAGAAACAUUUUGCUAGUGAGGGAAAUGUGAUUGAUGUCCAUCUUGUGGUUGAUCCAUGGACGAGGGAAUCUCGUGGAUUUGGGUUUGUUACAAUGGCCACUAAUGAAGAAGCUGAACGCUGCAUCAAGUAUUUGAACCGCUCUGUUCUUGAAGGACGUGUUAUUACAGUGGAGAAGGCUAAGAGGCGGAGGGGGAGAACCCCAACUCCAGGAAGGUAUUUGGGGUUGAGAACCAUUCGAGUGCGUCAUCGAUCACGAAGCUACUCUUCUCGUCGGUCUCCCAGCUAUUCACCUUAUUCAAGGAGCCGGAGUCGGUCACCUCGUUAUUCAUCUGGUAGGAGUAGGAGCAGAUCGUAUUCCCCUCCUCACAGGUCUUGCUCACGUUCUCGCUCCCCUCACAGCAGAUCACCAGAUGACUGCUACUACAGAAGACGUGACCAUUCCUACUCUCCUGAUGAUCGGUACUACAGAAGGCGUGAUCGGUGCUACUCGCCAGAUGACCGAUACUACCGUAGGUGGGAUCGUUCCUACUCGCCUGACGAACGGUACUGCAGAAGACGGGAUCGUUCCUACUCACCAGAAGAUCGAUAUGGUAGGAGGCAUGACAGGUCCUAUUCACCAUAUUACUCGAGGUAUGAUUCACCGGCUGAUCGAUACCAUAGACGACACCAUUACCGUUCUCUUUCUCGAAGUCCUACACCACCUCGGUCAAGGAGGAGCUAUUCUCGUAGUGUCAGCCCCACACGAAGAACCAGCUCAAGGAGGAGUUAUUCACGUAGCACUUCCCCUGUAGAGAGGAGGUCAAGGAGGAGCUACUCACGAAGCAUUUCUCCACCACCUAGGAAAAGCUCUAGGCGUUACAGACAGGAAGGGUCUCCGGACAGCUACUCUAACUCUAGAAGCAGAAGUGCAAGUCCAACUUCAAGAUCUGUUUCAAGAUCAGUUACUCCUAGGUCAAAUUCUUCAUCCUGAGGAUAGUGAAGGAUCUAUGCUGCUUUAAUUCAGAUGUUGAGCUCCUUUCAAUAAUUGGCGUUGUUUCCUAUGCUGCUUGUAAGCGUGUUUAUUAGGGAGUAGUUCAGGAUUUGCUUUACUCUCGAAACUGGUUCAUAUAGUGAACUCAUUUAUCAAAUAUCACUAUAAAUUUGCGCAGCCUCAUUAGUCUUGAUCUAAUGUGGUUAUUUCUUUGGGUUGAA